UUCAAUAAUAGUACGAAGCAAAGCCGUGGUUUAGAGAUGUAUCCGACUCCUGCCACCCUCUAUGCUCUUAGAUUAUCAUUACAACAGUCUACCGUCUCGUCCAUGUUCCGUAAGAAUGUGGUCGAACGCAACGUCACUAAAUCAGCGUGUAUCCUUGCAACUAUUGGCCUAUCUAUGAGCAUAUUUUCAGUCAAGAAAAUGCUGACAUCGAAACACAAUGCUCGUUUAUAACACCGUUAUUAAAAUCAGCAGCAACGCAUCAUCCGAAAAAGAGGGAGAGAGAAAGAAAAAAUGAGAAGGCAAGAGGAAUAUUUUAUCGAAUAAGCGAGAGUUUGUUAUACCGAAUAUAUAUAUUAGUAUCAUGCUCAAAUUGAAAUGUCCAAUGUGUGUAUCAUGAAUCCUUUCAUGAUUCAUAUCCUGUAAAGAUUCAACUUUUUCUAAUGAAGUAUGUUAAUUACAUUAAACGUGCGAGUGAUUUCACACAUUACAUAUUUUAGACCUAAAAAAGAGCCAAAGUAGCAGAAAAUAAUUAUAAAAUGUACUAAAAAUGCAAUAAUAUGAUUCUGCUUAAGCUGUAAAAGUAAUUGUUUCAUGUUUCGAAGCUCCUGACUUAUUACAUCAGUGUGCCAUAUAAUUAAAAUGUAAGGUUUCCCAUAUCACGAUAUUUGUAGAAAAAUAAAUGCGAUUCGACAGUCUUUGAGGGAUGGUCUGUGAGAGUUAAUUUUUAAAAUGUUUUGCAAUAUCAACUCAGCUGAAGUUUUAAUGCGAUUGUUGCUGCUACUUAGUCACGAACGUUGAUGACUAAGUAAUAUAAGCACAUUGUAUACUUGUAUCCCCACUUUUUCGUAGUCAAAUGAUACAAAUUUUUCGCCACACAAAGUUGUUAAUGAAUAUUUAUUAAUAGAUUUAUGUCUUCAUGUUCCUUAAUCCCAAGUUUAUGUUCCUAUAACUGCACUAAAAGUUAGGAUAUUCCUAGACACGUAAAUAAUUUAAACAAAAUGUUACUUCGUACUUACAGAUAUAUUAAACUUCGUAGCUUCUUCAACACCGUAAUAGCUAUAAAGUAAUAAAAAAAGGCGACAGAAGCAUGUUUAUUAGA